AUGACCAGUGCCUUGCUCAAAUUAGCAAACCAUCACUCUUGCGAUAUGCAAAUAGAAAACAGCCAAAUGAUGGCCCCUGAGAUUGCACCGCGUGUGCGUCAGUGUAUGCAGCAAAGUAUCGAGAUAACCAAAGAGCUUUGCAACCAGAUCGUAUCAUUUGUCAGGAAUAUUCAGGGCCUUGCAGCGUGCAAUUUGGAAAAUGUUUCUCCACUGAUCCUACAGUGCAUUUAUACCUGUGCGUCUAAUAUGUCAUGGAUGGCAGUUGAAACGGGAAAUUCUCAUUAUACCGAGAGCAAGAAUGUAUGUGAAGAUAUGUUAUACACUCUGAGUAAUAGGUGGGAAGUUGCCGGUGUUUAUAUGGAGAUGCAACGCAUGUCAGAUAUAACGCUGCAUGAGUCUGUUUAA